GUUGGAAUUUGGAUUUAGCGAGGAUGGAAUCCAGAGAGUUUGGGGAAAGGACGGUAUCCACUCCACUAAAAAUACGGUUUUUCAAGUAUGAUAUUAUUAAUUUGUGAAAACGAAACUCCUCCCAAAUUGCCGACUCCACUUUCCGAUUAGUGCCCAACCCACAACCCUUUUCUUAAUCAUUAGUGGACAGUGCUGUGUGCUGUCUAUGUAUCAUUUCAAGUUCGCCUGAAUUGGGAGGAUGCUGUGUUUGGGUCGACUCGCCGGGCUCUCUUACUCAAUAAAUUUGUACGAUUCCCGUUGGAAUUGGAAGGGCCACAGUUACAACAGCAACAACAGAUUGGUGCAUGUAAAUGUAAACAGGCCAAGAUGGCGCUUGAUGGCCCAAGAAUCUGAGUCUUCUUUUGCACCCUCUAUUGACUCUGAUGCUGCUGCCGACAAAAACGCUGCUACUGGAUUUUGCAUCAUAGAAGGCCCCGAAACAGUACAAGAUUUUGCGAAAAUGGAGCUUCAGGAAAUUCAGGAUAAUAUUCGAAGUCGGAGGAACAAAAUCUUUUUGCAUAUGGAAGAGGUUCGUAGGCUCAGGAUACAACAAAGGAUCAAGAGUGCUGAACUUGGAAUUUUGAAAGAAGAGCAAGAGAAUGAACUUCCUAACUUCCCAUCAUUCAUUCCAUUCUUGCCCCCUUUGACUUCAGCAAACCUCAAGCAGUAUUAUGCAACAUGUUUUUCUCUAAUUGCUGGGAUAAUUCUUUUUGGUGGUCUCCUUGCACCCAGUUUGGAGCUUAAGCUUGGACUAGGGGGUACAUCUUAUGCAGAUUUUAUUAAAAGUGUCCACCUGCCAAUGCAGUUGAGUCAGGUUGAUCCCAUAGUGGCAUCAUUUUCUGGAGGAGCAGUUGGGGUAAUUUCAGCAUUAAUGGUUGUUGAGAUAAACAAUGUAAAGCAGCAGGAGCAGAAAAGAUGCAAGUAUUGUCUUGGUACUGGAUAUCUUGCAUGUGCUCGCUGUUCAAGCACAGGAUCACUUGUUUUGAUUGAACCAGUAUCCACACUCAAUGGUGGAGAUCAUCAGCCUCUAUCACCGCCAAAAACUGAGAGAUGCUCAAAUUGCUCUGGAUCUGGCAAGGUUAUGUGUCCUACGUGUCUUUGCACUGGAAUGGCCAUGGCAAGCGAACAUGAUCCACGAAUUGAUCCUUUUGAUUAGAGGUUUGAUACUGAUAGUUAUAUUGAGCAUGCAAUUUGAAAUUGUAUAAUUUGUGGUGGUAGAUGUUUCCUUGGCGGAAUGGAAUUUCUGUAAAUAUAUAUAAAUGCGAAUCAUAGAGAAAGAAAGUGGUUCAGAAUAUAUCAACAGUUUCCCUUUAUUUUUGAGAAUUGAAAGUGGUGCAGCGACAAAUAUCAUGUUCACUUUUGGUGAAUCGCGGCAGAACCUUUUGCCAACAAAACGAGUGCUAGCAUCAUUAUUUUUCAAAUACAAUAUAACGAACUUUCUUAUUGUGAGUUCAUGAUUC